UAGGUCAUUAUUGAAUGUUCUAUAAAUAAGAUUGCAUUCAACAAUCCAUCAUCAUUAAUAUCUCUAGCGAAUAUACAGUUCAUCCAUGGCGAACCUUGGAGGGGUAAUGCGCUCAAGUAGCCGAAUUGUUGAAGAAUUUGUACCUUAUUCAGGAUGGACAGAGGACGCAAAAGCCCAUCAUCUCCUCAUCGAUCUGCCUGAUUUCAAUAAGGAAGAUGUCAAGCUUCAUAUUGAUAGCCAAGGCCAAAUGAUAGUCGGUGGAGAAAGGAAAGUAAAUGAGGAGAAAUAUGUCUAUUUUGAGCAAACCUUCACAGUGCCAGAAAAUACAGUGGUCGAUCAGAUCAGUGGAAAAUUUGAUGGUGAGUUUCUGUAUGUAACUGUCCCAAAGCAAGCAGUAGUAGAAGAAGAGAUAGAAUAUGUUGAUCAUGGCAUGAUCAGUACUGCACAAGAAAAUGAACAUGAAAAACCAACCAAUUAUGAAAAUGAACUUGGAAAACCAACCAAUUAUGAAAAUGAACUUGGAAAACCAACCAAUUAUGAAAAUGAACUUGGAAAACCUACCAAUUAUGAAAAUGAACUUGGAAAACCUACCAAUUAUGAUGACAAAUUGAGCAGCAGAGAUGAUCGCCACCAACAUGGUAAUAUCCAUGGCAGCCGCCAAAGUGAAGAGGAGAAGGGAAAUUCCCACCUGGGUUUUCCAGAAGAGAACAUAAGGAAAUGGGAAAAUGAAUCCAUUAUUAUUUUAAGAAUGGUUGUAAAUAUGGUCAAAAGAAAUAAGGGGAUUGUAAUAACAGCUUUAUUAGCUUUCUCGCUAGGGGUAUUGGUUUCACGUCUGUUAUACAAAUAG